AUGGCACCGAGGUGGUCUAGCAGCAGCAGCAAGGGCGUCAGGGAGGUGAUGGCCGUGGCGGGACUGCUCGAGGGGGCCGAGCAGCAGGAGGAAGGAAGCAGCGGCGCUGGAGGGUCCUGGCCGGUGGAGGACGACGUGGAGAAGGCGUCGGGGAUGGACGCACCAGGCGGAGGAGGAGAAGGGGCGCGCCGGGGGGAGGCUGGGUCGUCGCCGGCGGCGCUGGUGGGGAUCGGGCGCGGGGGCUCCUCCCCUGGCUCGAGGUGGAAGAGAGGAAGAGAGGGAGACGAGGGGAGGAAGAGCGAUGGUUGCGAGGGAGAGAUGGGGAUCGGGCUGAAGGAGUCUGGCGGUGCGAGGGAGAUCGAAGAGAGGGAGAGGGUUCGAGCGGGAUGA